AUGUAUAACAAUGUCUACGACUCUCCACACUUCUACCAAAAUCCACUACAGUACCCUCCAAAUCAAAGGGGACCAUCUUGGACUAAUGGUACGAAUGGAAAUGUAGGUAAUGGUCCUGGAUCAGCCAACAAUAAUGGAACAUAUAGUACUCAAAAUGGAGGUACAGUACCAUCAGGAUCAUAUAAUGCUAAUCAUAAUGGACCUACAGUACCAACAGUACCAUAUAAUAGUAAUUCAAAUGGACCUACAGUACCAACAGGGCCUACUACAGACCACAGAAUCCCAACACACUACCAGCCUCGAGUACAUUACCGUGACGAUCCUACUGUAACAUACGAAGCUCCGAAGUCAGCACACCGUCCUCGACCAGCAUCGACCGGUCGAAAGCCACAACGACGGUCCGUAGCGGCGUUACAGGACCUACAACGAUACUUUCAGCCUCCACAACAGAGAACGGUACCAGACAGUACCAAUUUCAACCCAGCCGCUUAUCAGGGCUACAGUAUGGCUCAGGGGUAUGGUACUCAACAUGGCUUUGGUACAAACGCUCAAGGAUUUGGUACCAAUCAGAAAGGCUUUGGUACUAACCAUGGUAUGUAUGGUACAAAUGUUCCUUUUGGUACACACCAACAAGUCUUUGGUACCAAUCACCAAAAUUUUGGUACAAAUCACCCUACCUUUGGACCCAAUGGAGGCUAUGGUACCACAUUACCUUACAAUACCUCAACCAUGCCGAGAAGUCGAAAAAAUCGACCGGUUGAUAAUAAUCGAAGAAAAAGCGUCACAGAUGACGGACGACAAAACAUUUUUCAAUGGUUCAAGUACAAGAUGACACGAAACGAUGACGAUCGACGAGUCUAUGCCUCAGGGUCUUUGCCAAGAAAUUUCGCGCUGAGAACCCACAGUCCAAGGUCUCAUAGUGUACCACGCAAAAAAGAGGCUAGGCCUGGAUUGGGGGCCUUAAAUGGGCGUGGUAAUUUUGGUAAUACGGGGCAUGGUGCUUUUGGUGGUACUGAUCGUAUUGGUCAUGGUACUCUUGGUAGUACUGGUCAUACUGAACAUAGCACUUUUGGUAAUACCGAUCGUACUGGCCAUGGUACUCAUGUUAAUACUGCUCGUACUGGUCAUACUGUUUUCGGAGGUAGUGCUGAUAGAAAUGGUCAAUUCAUAUAUGGACCAGGUGCUGGGCUACCAAAUUCAAGCCUAGAAAGAAGCCAAAAUAGCCAAGAAAGAAAUCAAAGAAGCCAUAACACCCAAAGAAGACCUUCAACUCACAGCCCAAGUAAAAACAGUAUCAAUCCUUACGGACAAAGAGUAUCAAACGACUCAAAAAGUCCAAAAAGAUCACUAGAAAGGAUUAUUCUACCCGAUAUUAAGGAUGGAAAUCAAAGUCUAGGCCAGAAAAAGAGUGCUCAAGGCCCCGAAAGUCGAGGACUUGGCCAACAAAGCGAAGCCAGACGUACUGAAGACCGUGCACAAGAUAUUACAAAGAAAGUCAGAUCAAUAUCACCGGCCAAAAAUGGUAUUAAGAACCAGUUUUCGCCAGAGCCAAAGAAGAGGACUAGUGUACCAAUUAAAGACCAAAAAACUCAAAAUCCACCCCCAAAUAAAGAUCGACAUAGCCAAAAUCCACCCCCAAAUCAAGCCCACGCUUGCCAAAAUCUCAACUCAAGCCAUGGUGAAUACUAUGACAAUCAUAACCCUAUGAUGUAUGGCUACUACAAUAUAGGACGAGACCAAAUUGAUGGUAAUACUGGUACACUUCGAUCAAACAACGGUACUCUGACAAGAAAGAGGAUCAUAAGGUACGAUGCUGAUGGAAAUCCAAUCAAUAAUAGUGUGGUACAGAAUGAAUACACAGCUUGUCCAAUGGGUAAUGAACAUGGCUUGAGAAGAGAUGGUUUUGUUAUCAAUUCAGAUGAGUCUGUUACUGAGAAGAGCCCAUUUUUAGGUAAUACUGAGGAGUUUUUGGUCAGAAACGGCGAUUUUUCGUCCAAAAAUGAUCAUUUAUUACCUAAAAAUGACGAUUUCACCUCCAUAAGCCACUUAUAUCGACUAGAAAACCCAAAUUUCAACUCACUACACCAUCCACAAUAUCCCACAUUCAGCAAUCAACCCUUCGACUCAACCACCGACUUCCCACCAGAACCCCCACCAGACUACUCCGACCGUAGCGAGCCUUCAGAAUCCCGCUCACCGUCCCCAUUCUCACAACCUCCACGAGUACGAUUCCGUUUCCCAAGUGCUGACGACAUUCACAGUGUAAAACGAGAUGAUAAACUGGAAGAAACGGUCGAAACUGUGUCACAGCCUAAGGGCUUAUGGGCUAGAACCUUUGAUUUGAAGAUCUACAAGAAGCUACGACCGCUGAUUCAAAUCCGAGGUGUGAAAGUUGAUGAAAAAGAGAUUGGUAAGGAGAGAAUGAAGGAUAAUAUUGAGAGGAAUGGAGGGAAAAUGAAAGAGAAUGCCGAGAAAAUGGAAAAGACCAAGGAUAAUAUGGAGAAACAGGGAAGUAAGGUCAAGGAAAAUGGAGGUAAAGGCAAGGAAAUUGACAAAAACAUGAAUAAGAUGAAGGAAAUGGACAAAAACAAAAUUAAUCUUGCUUUUAUUUGCGACACCGACAAGAUUAACAUUAAUGAAAAGCGUUCAUCCACUUUUGAAGAUCACAAGUCAAGCCUAAAACAAGGUCAAGCUAAAGAAAAGGGUGAAAAAUCAAGCCUAAAACAAGAUUCAAACAAAGCCAAAGAUCAAAAAUGUUUAAAAAUAUUAGAAUCUGGCCUAAAAUCAGAAGGAAAUAACAGAGAAAAUGAAGAAAAUGGGUCAAAGAUAGAUGGGAAUGGCUCAAAACUCGACGGAAACGGCCUAAACCAAGGAGAAGAUGGCUUGAAAUCAACUGAAAAACCUUCAAAAUCUAUUAAAAUUGACUUGAAUUCGACUGAAACAGAUGUGACAGUAUCUAAAGAUAACGAUACAUCGAAUCAAGAAUCUAUAACAAAGCCAGAAAGUUCAAAAGAAUCAAAGAAAAAAGGAGGAACUUUCAGGACAUCCAAGUUUUUCGACUCUUGGAACGAGAAAAAGGCUUCAAAAGCUAAGAUUUUGGCUUCUGAAAAGACUACAGAAGAUAACAAAGCUUCUAAUUCAGUAGCCAAAGGCAGUACCAUCAAGUCGUCUCCAGAAGUCAAGCAAGAAACAAUAAAAUUAAGGCCAAUACCACCAGAUCAAUCCAAAAAACCAACCGAAAAACUGAAAAAUUCGGCGGAAAAAGCGAAAUUAUCGGUUGAAAAGUUCACAGCCGCAGUAAAGGAAUCAUUGAAGAAUACCCAAACUGAUCAACCAACUCUAGCCGAGACUAUAAACCAGCCAGCGAGUAUAUUACUCAACCAGUCUGGCAAGAAACGACGAGCUCCCGACCCUCCAAUGCUACCUCAAAGUCAGUACAGUGAGCUUCAGAAGCCCAAGAAGAUGGACUUAAGAACUGAUGUUUUAGAUGCGGAAAUAGCGUUAAAAAUGGCAGAAGAUGCCUAUAUGAAUCAUUAUGUUAACCAUGAGGUCGUUGAGAAAAAAGAUUUGUCAAAUGAUAUUAAGGAUGGUUUUGCUGGAAACAAUAGAUCAGGUGAGGUGUAUAACAACAAGAUCAAGACCAAUAUUGAUCUAAAUGGCUCAACAAGAAGAGAAUCAACUAAUCCUACUGUAAAUUACGUAGAAAUACGACCAGAUACGACUCAUCUACCUCAUUUCCCACUAACAACAUCUUAUAUUCACCAUGAUGAUGACAAUGCCAUUUCUAAUGUUGUGUGCUAUAAUGAUAACCUCGGUGACAUACAGAGCAAAGGUAAUAGUAUUGACUACUAUCACAUUAAAAAUGACAGUAAUAACUUGAAUACGACAGGAAAUACGAUGAGAUGUUUAGAAAGUGCGAAUGAUUUCAUGGUUAAUAUAGAAAAAGGUCCAGAAGAAAGGUUUAGGGAGACCGAUGGUUCCAAAAAUGGAAAUGUAGAUACAACGAAGUCUCAGUUAUCGAAUACAGUACUCAGAUACGAUCCAAGUAAAGGUACGCUAGUGGAACAUAGCCUGAAAUCGGGUGAAAGAGAAGAACCUACCAUCAAUGCUGGCCUUCAAACUCAAAAAUCGAUAAGCAUGACUACAACAGCUCAUUAUAAUGGACAAAAUCAACAAUCUACAGGCGAGUACCGUAACCUAGAAUAUUUUAUACGACAAAAACCAAGUAAUUAUACCCAAAAUUUCAAGGAUUUUCAACGAAAAACCGAGGAAAAUCGACGAAAUUCAGCCAAUUUACCUUCAUUUUCUGGCUCAACUACUGUUGUACCAAUGAAUUAUGAUGGUAAUACUGUGAGUUAUGACAAUAAUACUAAGAAGAAUGUCAAUGAUGCUAAGAUGAAUGAGUAUGUCGAACAAUAUGACAAUAACACACCUUCUACAUCAGAGUACAAAGAAAUCUCUAGCUUCAGGAAGAGAGGGCCUGGAGCGUCUGAAACUUAUGGUAGAGAAGGAAGGGAGCCAGAAGCUUAUCUUGGAGAUAAUGUGGCUUCAGAAUCUCAUCGUGGAUCCAAUUUGACUUCAGAAUCACAAAGAAAACUCAAUUUGGAUUCAGAAUCUCAUCGUGAAGGCAAUCUGGUUUCAAAAUCCAUCUACAACACCAGCAUGGCUUCAGAAUCCUUCCUCGACCAAAAUAUGCCUUCAACCUCCAACUACAAUUUAAACACGACUCCAGAAUCCCUCCUCGACUCAAAUAUAGCCGCGGAAUUCGAGAAAAUCCAACAAAAUUUGCAAAAAUCCGCUGAUGCCCUGAGGCAAACGGACCAAAUAAUCAGCCGGCAUGACGGAUUAACACAAAAAACAGCCCAAAUCGCCCAGUCCGGAGUGUGUUACGUUGGCGGCGCUCGCAUCGAAUAUCAGCUGGACUUGAGCGACGGCCCGCUGAUCGUUCAUUUCCAGACCAAGAUGGGUAAUAUCGUGUGUGGCGGAGGGGAAUUGCCGGAGAAUGGUGAUGCAUACACGUGGACUAAUCAACUACCGGCCAAGGGGGUUAUUACUGGUAAGGUUCGGGCGGGUUUGGGGGGGGGGGUGUAAAUGUAGUUUUAGGAUGAUUUUGCUGGGUAUUAGAAAAGUUUUGGUCGAUUUUUGACCUAAAAAGUCAAUUUUUUAUAAAAUUUAGAUAACAAAAAAUUUAAAAUUUACCUCAGUCCAGCCAAAACUACUAAAAUUUUAAUGUUUUAGGUAGAAAAAUAACCUUAAAUAGCAUAAAAAUGCUUUUAAAACUUGAAGUUUAAAAAAAAAUUUCAAAAAUUUUAAAAGUUUUAAAUUCUCGAAAAAUUUGUAUUUUUUCAAAUUUUAAUUAAAAACUUCAUUUUCAGACCUAGACUAUGGACCAGGAAUUGUGCAAAAGCUCCGCGAACGCUUUGCCAAACUAUCCUCAACUCCACGAGCUGAACAACAAAUCAACCAACAGCCAAAACGACGAUUCGCUUCUGUUGAAGCACCAAAACAACAUCAACACAUCGAAAAUGGCUUCCAAACACUUCCGAGAAUGGAGUAAGUACUAUUUUUUAAUUAGAAAAAUCAGUUUUUAAAUUUUCGAGAAGUUACUGCACUGUGCAGGACCAUUUUUUUAAUUGAUUGCACCGUGCAAGCUUUAUUUUUACCCCACUGCACUGUGCAAGCCCAAUUUAUUACUGACUGCACCGUGCAAACCCCUUUUUUAUCACUGCACGGUGCAGUCAAAAGUGAAAUCGCAAAGGUGUGGGAUUUUGUUAGGAGCUUCCGAACAUUCUAGAAUUCGCGACAUAGGUUCCCCAGUCUUCCGCAGCUGGACGCUCUGAAUUUGCGCAAUCUUUUUUCUUCCUUCAAAUCCCUCGAAUUUCAUUUGUCGUCAAAUCUCUCGCGAUUUCUUUGCUUCGUUGGCCAUCUCUUGGUUUCCUUUGAUUUAUACCGGGGUAUCGCGACUGCACUGUGCGGCAACUUUUUUUUGACAGGGAAAUGUGGCUUGCACUGUGCGGCAACAUUUUGAAUGGGAAAAGUGGCUUGAAUAGCGUAGUUGACUUAACUAGACUUUGCACUGUGCAGGCGGAUAAAAAAGGGGUUUGCACGGUGCAAUCGGUUUUAUUGUUAUUUGCACGGUGCAAAGGGUUUUCUCAAAAAAAGGUAAAGAUUAUUGAUGAAUCUGAGAAACGUUUUGAAUUAGACCUGGAGAGAAAAUAUGGUUUUUUUAAACUUUUUAAGUAACGAAAAUUUUUUUUAAAAAUUUUAAUUUUUUAAAUAAUAAUGUUGCAUUUUUAAUGUUAUCCUUGACGUUUUUGAUUAAUUCAAAAAGUUAAUUUGCCUUAAAUUGGCCAAAAAACUUGUAAACUAUUCUCAAGACUUCAAUUAAUCUUUUAACAUCAAUAGUAUUAUACUACAUCGGCCAAUUCGGCCAAUAAAUCCAUUGGAAUUGGCCAAGAACACCAAAAUUUUCCUAAAAUUUCAAAAAAUAAUCAAAUAAAUUACCUUUUUUCAGCACGACCCAGAUAUCCGAUUGCAUGAAUUCGGCAUCAUCAACAGGCUACAGUUCGGAAGAGUCGAAUCCAUCAGAAGCCAGCUUCAAAUCCGACUCGAAAUCACAAAAAUCGAGCGGAACUUCGGAGGAUCAACUGGAGAAACCCGAAAUCUCGGAUCCAACUCAAAUCGUGCAGCCAAUCCGAUCGUUGCGCGAGAAAUUCGAACGUCAAAACGUGAAUCAGAAUCCGACAAAGAAUGUACGAACUGUGGUAAGUUGGAUUAUGGACCUUAUUUUAGGAAAAAAGAGGGUUUUGGAGGUUAAGGGCGGCUACUAUAAUAUCGGAGCAGUGAAAAAAAUAGUUUGCAAAAAUUAUUUUCGAAUUUUAAAAUUUAAAAUUUUUUUUUACAUCAAGAACGCUAAGUUUUGAAAACUUUUUCAUUUUCGGCCGAAAUCGAACGAAAUAGAUAUUUCAAGCUGUGCCCUGCGUUUUAUAGGAAGUUGCAGCCUGCAGUAUCGUACAUAUUUGGUGAAAUAUGGGUAGUUUUAUGAAGGGAAUAGUCAAAGUGGUUUGUAAAUGGUAUAUUUUUGAAAAAGGCACUGAAUUUAAAAAAUCUUGACAGUCUUAUAGAUAUUGAUAUUGUUUUAGAAGGUAUAACGCUUUUUAACGCCAAUACUUGUAUACAUCAGCUUAUCCUUAGUUGCAUUGUACGUUUGUGUAUAUGUUGUGUAGUAAUAGUGUUUGUUUAGUAUUCACCACGAUCUUCUUCAUGCCACACCAGCCUUGUCGCCCAGUAUCCGCCGAAGAAGUCGACGAGGAAGAAUAGCGAAAGUACUGUAACAUUUGACAGUACGAGCGAAAUCAGUACCAGUAGCAGCCAAAAAGCACCAUUAAGGCGACUUUCGAAGCCCCAGUUGGCUGUACCUACAUUUACUACGGAAUACGGAGUUAAUGGAACUUGUAGUCCUAAUGGGAAGAUUUUGACGAGGAAUGGUACCAAUAGCAAUUCGUCGAGUUCUAGUACAAAGGAAAGUGGGUACAGUACUGGAAAUGCAACUGAGAGUAUUAGAAGUAGUCGUAGAAGCUCAGAAAGUAGCCGGGCUGGAUGUUACGUGCUCCCAAAUGACCGAAAUCACCUUCAAAAUGGCAGAGAACAGCUCCAAAAGGACCACAAUUGGGAGAAAAGUCAAAGAAACGACCUCCCAAAUAGUACUACUAGGACUCAAAUCAACGUGAAAUGUAUUCAACAUGUCGGAAAUGGUAAUGAGAGUAAUGGAAACGAGAGAUUCAAAGUGGAUGUUCAGAAAAAGAGCAUGGUAUCAUCUCCACCAUCACCCCAGUCUUCGACCAGCGAAUGUCCAUCGACCAAAAGUAACGAACAAGAGGUAAAAACCAGGAAAAUUUUUAGUAUAAUAGACAAAAAAUUAAUCAUCAGAGAAGUUGAUGCUCAUGUCGAUGGGGAUUUCGACUAUUUUCCGGUAUUUUAG